GCAAAAAAAAAAUCGGAGCGAAAAAGCUCGAUCGGGAAAAGAUUCUUACACCGGGUGCAUGUGUUGCAACAUUCGCUCUCUCUCUUACUCUCGUCGGUCGUUACAUGAUCAAUGAUUUCGUGCGCUCGUUCUACAUAUAACGACAGCAGCUUGCAGCACGGAUGCAAUGCACUGCAACAUCAGCAGCAGCAUUAUUAUUUCCGCGAAUGCGAGUACUACACGCGCCGUGCCGCGCGCUCUCUACGAGCCACUCGAGCGCUUGCGCGUGCGAAAAGCUCUCUAUAGUAUCUCCAGAUACGUAUCGCUCUUCGGGGAGGGUAGUUGCUCCUUUCUCGCCAGCAGCAACGACGGCGACGAGUCACGAUCAUAAUAAUGACAAUAAUAGUAACGACGAUAGCAAUCGGCAGCAGGCCGCCUGAAGCGCGAACGGGGGGCGUCUCGUUGUUGGAAAAUGCAGUAGGUAGCAAUUUCCUUGCGCGCGUGUCUCGCUCUCUCUCUUUCUUCGUGGUAAUGCACACAUGCAUAUACGUGCAGCCGAUCAGUGCAGCAAAAUCGAUCGAUAUAUCGAGCUGACUUUCAAUCGUACACGUAGCCGCAUACGUGUGGCUCUCUCGCUAUGCCAUGUCAUGUCUGUCUGUCUGUGUCCGUGUGUGGGCACACAAGUCUAUGCAAUAAAGUUGCAUAUACAUAGUUCGCGACCCAAUGCCGACGACAACGCGUCGAUCGUGUGCCAAAGUGAGCGACGCAUUAUAUACAGCCACUGUUAUAUCGAUCGCGCGCGUCGGCACGAACGAACGAAUGAAAAAAAAAAUUGCGCGCCGCUCGAUCCGCCUCUAUAAAACGCGAGCUACCGAGCUUGCGACGAGAGCGAAAGAUUUGUCCGCAUCGAUAUGCGUGCUCCGCUGCCGCCACUGCGCGUUUAAUAUAUAUAAAUAUGCGGCAAGACUACUCCCUUUUCAUGGCCCCCGCGUCUCGUUUAUUAUAGCUCGUGCGGCUGCACUCGUACGUAUGAAUAUUUAAUUUAAAUAUAUACGUCGUCGGGCGCUGAUACGAUACGCGAGUAGCCGCUAUUGGCUCGCAGCCUCGCUCUCGGCGCUUUUUAAGCUCUCUAUAUAACGUAAAUGCGGUCCCCGCCUCGAGUCUAUAUGAGAUACCGUCACGUGCAGUCCGAAACACGUGACAUUUUUCGCCGCCGCCGCAGCCGUCGUCGCAAGUCAUGGUCUUUUAUAAGUGUGUCCGUGUGUCUGUGUAUGUUGUGCAGCGUCGCUCUUGUUAUAUUAUUAGGAGAGGAGAGAAGUCGAUGCGUCUGCGUUUAGUCGAGUCGGUUGUUGUGAUGAGUCAAGACUAUACAAGACGACGCGACGACGAUUAAAAAACAAUACGGCAAUUCGCAUUAUCGGCCAAUGUUAUAAUGUAAAUAUACAUAACGUGUAUACUCGGCCUGCUAGCAUGACCGGCACAAUUCGAGCGAUACAAUAUGCAUCGCCGUCGUCGUCGCGCAUAGAUAUGCAUUGUUACAAGCUCACCGAUCACGAUACUCUGGCGCACAUACAACAAAAGUGCACGUCUCAUCGGAUUUUAUUAUCGAUGACAGCUGUACUACUACCAUCAUUAUGUAAUUUGGCCCCACACGCGAUCGUUCGAUAUCUUUUUGGCAGACGGAGAGCGAGCGAAAAAUCAGAGCCGCGUCUCUCUCGUAAUAAGCAGCAGCGGCUUAGAGUUAGCUCGCCCUCGCGCACACGCGGAAAUUACGAAAUUUUACGGCUCGAGUGCGACGAGCUCCUCUUCUCCUCUCCUAAAUUUGCGAGCUACUCACACACAGACACACACACAUAUAUAUAUGUAAGCUCGUCUGCUGCUGGUGGGGCAUAAAUAAUUCCAGACGCACGUAUAUACACGCUCUCGUGUAAACGUUAUAAGCCACAGAGUUUAGCCACGCGAGAGCACACCACUACGCUACAUAUUACACAUUCGUCGAUGUUAUAUUAUAUACCGAAUCUGAGGUGACUUGAAGCGAGCUCGGUGAAGAAUCAGCUCCGCCAAGCCUGCUGGUACAUCUACUUUAUCGUCACAAUGACCAAUCCGGAAAGGCUGGAGGAGCCACGGGCCUGCAAGAGGACGAUCCUCUUCCAGUUCCAGCGGCUGGCCGAUCUCGUGCCGGCCCGCUACGUCCUCUACAUGCUGUCGUUCACGGGCUUCGUCGUGUCCUUCAUGAUGCGCAUGGACAUGAACAUGGUGAUCGUGCAGAUCCUGCGCAAGGAGAAGGAUCGCGUGGUGCCGGUCUGCUCCACCAGCCAGCCGGACGACAUCGUCAACGGAAGCUACUACAACUCGACCGAGCGUAUGUUGGCCAACGACGCGAUGAAUCGCGAUCGCUUCGACUGGAGCACCGACGUCGAGAUCUGGAUAAUCAACAGCUUCUACUGGUGCUACCUGCUGUCCCAGGUGGCGGGGGGCAUGCUCACCCAGCGCUUCGGCACCAAGCUCGUGUUCGGCGGCUCGCAGUUCGCCACGGCCAUCUGCAGCCUGCUCAUACCCGAGGCGGCCUACAUCGGCUACGUUCCCGUCGUAAUUUUGCGCAGCAUUCAGGGCGUAGCGAGCGGCCUGACGUGGCCAGCCAUGUACGCCGCGGUGGCCCACUGGAUACCCCUCGACGAGAGAUCGCGUUUCAUGUCUUCGUUUCAAGGCUUCAGCUUCGGCAUCGGCAUCAUCUACCCGCUGGCAGGCUUUAUCAUGACCCAUUACCACUGGAAGUACGUGUUCUACACGACGGGCAGCAUCGGCGUGCUCUGGAGCUUGGCCUGGUACCUGUUCGCCUACGACACGCCCUCCAGCCAUCCCCGUAUAUCGCCCAUGGAGUAUCAGCUCAUACAGGGCAGCAUCGGCGAGUACACCAAUCCCAACCUCGUAACCGUGCCUUGGAAAAAGAUCCUGAAAUCGUGGCCGUGCUGGUCGAUCGGCCUGACGACCUUCGGACGCAUCUGGGUGCACUACGUGUUCAUCGUCAACGGCCCCAAGUACAUGGAGAACGUGCUCGGGCUCAACAUACAAACGAACGGUAUCCUUAACGGACUGCCCUUCAUCCUGAGUUACAUCACCUCGGUGGGAUUCUGCUGGGUCGGCGACGUGCUGGUGCGCUCCAACACCAUGAGUCUGCUGAACGUGCGAAAAUUGUUCACUGCUCUUGCCCAAGUCGUGCCGGGAAUCCUCACUAUCGUCAUCGGGUUGUUCGGCUGCAACGUCGCCGGGGCCCUGACCUUCUGGUUCAUCGCGGUUGCGCUGAUCACCGCUGCCUACGCCGGCGCCAUGGCCAACGUCGUCGACAUCGCGCCCAACUACGCCGGGCCCGUGCUGGCCUUCGCCCAGACCAUACACAUGUGCGCGAGCUUCAUAUCGCCCGCGGUGGGCACCUACCUCACCAAGGACCAGAGCCUCGAGUCCUAUCAGAAGUACUACCAGCUGACGGCCGUCGUGUCGUGUCUCACCUACGGCUUCUUCCACUUCAAGGGCUCGGCCGACGUGCAGUCCUGGAACUAUCCGGACGAGAAGCUGCCCCAGCCGGCCGCUGGCCAGGAGGAGGCCCAGUCGCCGCUCAACGACGACGCCGACGCCGAGGAUCAGGACGAAGAGGAGGACGAGGGGGAGACCGUCGGUGAGCUGCCGAGGAGGGCGGCCGAGCUCAACAGGAGCAGAGGUUCCCAGGAAACCGAGUCCCGUGCCGGACGCGAUUAGCCCACAGACCCUCCCCCCUUUUUUUUCACUUUGUUUUUUCUCGCCCACACUUUUUCCAAAACGAAAAACAGAAAAAAACUAUACGCUUUUUAACGGUACUUCUUCCAUAUGUUUAAUGUUAAAUCUUUGUCACGUGUGCACACGACGCAACAACGACAAAAACGAGAAAAAAAGUAGAAAAAAAACAGAAUAAUUACGCAGAACACACACAGGAUCGUUUUCGUGCAUAAACAUGACAUAUUGAUAUAAAUGGAUAAAAUAUAAAAGUUAGUCUUAUGUAUUCGUAUUACGCGCUUAUUACUUGAACUUUCCGCUCAAACCGACGACUACGAGAGCGCACGCAAUUUAUAUAUGUAUAUUUUUUUUCUUUCACUGCGCGCCGAGUCGUUUUAAAUAAUGAAACUAAACAAAUAUAUACAAGAGCCGCGACUUACAUAGAUAGCGAUUUAUUUUCUAUAAUAAACGGACUAUUUUCUUAAAGCUGUACUUUUUAGUCUCUCUCGGUUGAUCUACUUGUGUAUAUAUGUGCUGUCGUUGAUUGUAAGCAUUUUUUUUCCUUUUGUUUACGACAAUACUACUUACACCUUUCAAAAAAAAAACAACUAAAAAAACAAAAAGAGAUGACCUGAUAAUAUUAUGUAAUGUAAAAUACACUCAAUGUGCUCAAAUGUGAUCAAAGUAGAUUUAUCAUGUAAUCGAGAAAUAGACGUACAUUUAUUAAGCUACGAGAAACAAACAGAAAACGUUGUAACAAAAUUAAAAAGCAGCAGUGUGAUACUUAAUAUGAAUGCGUAUAAGAGAAUCGAAUUCUAACAAUAGUGAAUAUUUCUUAUAUUAAGAGUAUUUGUUGUAUUUCCAAGUGCAUACUUAAAAAAGAAAUAUAGAUAUGUAUACACACACGCGCGCGUACGUAUGUAUAUAUAAUAAUAUGAUUUAUAACGAAGGCUUGAUUUUCGAGCAAUACUUUUUUAUAAUGACCAAAUAUUAUUUUCGAAUUGUAUACGCGGUAUACGAUUCGUCAUGCAGUAUAUAUUAUAUAGAAGAGAGAUAGUAAAGGCGAUUGUCGUGCUAUUACAUUUUUAGAGUAUAUAAUAUAUUCACAUGCGUUUGAAGAGCAGAAAAAAAUUUUUUAAGUGAGCGAGAUAGCGGGAGGCGCGCAUUUGGACGCGAGGAAGAAAGAGAGAGGUAGAGAAGAAAAUAAUUGCGAAUGAAAUAUUUACUAAGGCGUACACAAAACAAAUUGUAAAGUUUAUUUUUUUGUCAAUCGAGUAUGCGGAUUUCGUUAUUUGAAAUCUUUAUUAUGUACUUAUGAAUAUAUUGAAAAAAUAUUAUCGAUAAAAAUGACUUCUGCUGCGUCGAUUCGCAUGAAAAAAAAUUAAAAUAAUAAUAAUUUUAAUAGUAAUAAUACUUAAUAAUAAAAUAUUAUUAAUAACUAGAAAGAGGUGAAUUCUUACAAUCGUCUAUAUCGAUGUUAUUCUUAAGAGCGAAAGUACACAUUUGAUAUAUAUACGAGAUUGUAUAUUGAAUCUAUUAAUGUAAUGGAAUGUCA